AUGGCUUCCCCCUGUUCCGGGGACCCCAGCCCGGCAGGCCUGCCCCCGUGCCCUGUAGCCACUCCAGGUGAGACACACGGAUGGGUUCGGGGCCCCGCCGCGCCCCAGGAGCCCCCGUUCCCGGACAUCUACGGCGGGGACGCGCAGCUGUGGGAGGCCCACUUCCGCGGCAUCGGGCGCGCCUACCGCGCGCUGGGCAAGGAGGACGACUUCGCCAUCCGCGUGCUCACCGAGGACUUCACGCUGCCCUUCCCGUUCGCCUGGCCGCCGGGGCCCGACCCGGCUCGCAGGCCGCUCUUCUACGACCCGCACGACCGCUCGGGCUUCGACUUCCUGUUGCGGGGCCCGGGCGCGCCGCCCCCCGCGCUGCUGCGGCCCCUUCACAGCACGGCGCAGGCGGCGCUGCGCAAGCGGCGCCUGGAGCAGCUGGCGCUGAGCUACGCGCACGCGGUCGCCGGCCCCGGGCCCGGCCUGGUGCUGCUGGCGCCCGCGCCCGCCGCAGCGGGCAGCGCCUUCCCUGGGCCCGAGGCAGCUUCCCCCAGCGGGGGCGCCCCCCGGCUGGGCUAG